AUGGACAUGUUUGAAGCUCGAACUUGGGGGGUCAGUGAAUCAAGCAGAAAAUCAUGGAAUCAAGAACACUUUGCUUUGACAUUUCCCAAACCACCCCAGCCAAGUAGAAAAAAGAGAUCAAGACCUUCAGAAUCACAAGUCACAGUUCCUAGGCAUGACAAAAGAAAAUUACAGGAAGGUCAGAAGCCAGCUCAUAUAUGGAUAAGGCAUUCUUUAAGAAAAUUUUUCCAAAGGCCAUCUAUUUACUUAGCUGUCAGGAGACAGGCUCCAUACAGACAUCCUUAUACUCCCAAAACCAAUCUUAAAAAUACAAAAUCAAAAACGUCCAAAGAUGAAAAAGAGGGCAUGGUUUUGAAUAAAGAUUCUGAGAAAAAAACAGGCCCACAUGCAGCAAAUCCAGACUCGAAUAAAACAGCAAAAGAUGAAAAAGAAGAGAAACCUAAAAGAAGUAAAUCAGGUAAAACUCAAUCAAAAUCAUCACAUGAAAGUGAACUAUCCAAGAAGUCAAAGUCAAAAUCAGAAACAAAUCCAGAAUCCAAAGAUUCUAAGGUAGUCCCAAAAGAGCAUUCAAAAAAAGAUAAGAAAGAUUCGAAGAAUUCCAAGGAGACAGACGCUGAACCCAUAUUUACAAAGAACAAUCUAGAGAAUGAUUCUAAGAAGAGCUCGAAGAGUAAUCAUGAUGCUAAAUCAGAGGCUUGCUCAAAAAAUAGUUCAAAUGUGGAUUUAAUGAUGUAUUUAGAAGAGGCUGGAGCUGAAUCCAUGGAUUUUGAUACAUGGGUAAAGAAUUACUCCCAGAAUAAUUCAAAGAAGCCUGAAAAGAAGGAUACAAAGAAAGAUGCAAAGAAGAGCUCUGAUGCUGAAUCUGGAGACUCUAAGGAUGCAAAGAAAGAUUCAAAGAAGGAUAAGAAAAGUAAAAAGAAAGAUGACAAGAAAAAGGAUGCAAAGAAGGUCACAGUCUCUACUGAUUCUGAAUCUGGAGACUCAACGGGUACAAAGAAAGAUUCAAAGAAGGGUAAGAAAAGUGAAAAGAAAAAUGACAAGAAAAGGGAUGCAAAGAAGGACACAGUCUCUACUGAUUCUGAAUCUGGAGACUCAAAGGGUGCAAAGAAAGAUUCAAAGAAGGAUAAGAAAAAUGGAAAGAAAGAUGACAAGAAAAAGGAUGCAAAGAAGGACAUAGUCUCUACUGAUUCUGAAUCUGAAUUGGAGUCAAAAAAGGGUAAAAAAGAUGAAAAAAAGGAAAAGAAAGAUUCAAAGAAAGGUGAAAAAAAGAAGUCUGUCAAGAAGGAUGCAGGUUCUACUGAUGCCGAUUCUGAAUCUGAAGGAGAUGCAAAAAAAGGUAAAAAAGAUGAAAAGAAGCAGAAGAAAGAUACUAAAAAGGAUGCAAAAAAGGGUGCAGAAUCUACUGAUACUGAAUCUGAUGUGGAGUUAAAGAAGUACAAGAAAGAUCCAAAGAAGGAAAAGAAAGGAUCAAAGAAAGAUGCCAAGAAGGACACAGAGUCUAGUGAUGCUGAAUCGGAUGCAUCUUCCAAGACAGGCUUAAAAAAGGGCACAAAGGUCAAAGGUUCCGAUGCUGAAUCUGAAGAGUCACUAUAUACACCUGGCACUAAGAGGAGAGUUGAUGAAUCAGAUGGCACAUCUGCAGAUUCAAAGAAAGAAAGUCCCGGACUGAAGAGAGGAUUAAGAAUGUCAUCUAAAAAGACAACAUUCAAAGAAAAAGGAAAAGAAACAACUACAGGUAGAGUUCCUCCAUCAAGAGAAAGACCACCACUCCCACCUUGUGAGCCUUUACUACCAUCACCUAAGGUCAAACGUCUUUGUCGGUGCAAGAUGCCUCCUCCACCUCCAAAACCAAGAUAUGCUCCUUUGCCCGAAGCCCAGUGGAUUCAUAAGCUGCUUUAAAGAACAACUGAGCGCUUGGUUUCACAGAAUGGCCUUACCACAGUAAGCACUAGCUACUCUCAAAUGAGCAUUUCUACUUCUGUGGAACUGUAAUAAAUAAAAACAAGUCUUCCAUGAG